AUGUUGAAAGAACCCAAGGGCGUCGAUGUCGUCGAGCUUCCGCCACACCAGCACGUCCAGGACGGGAAGCGUUACCGGGAACCUCUCAUCUACGCAGCUCACGCGGCAAGAUGGUUGUCUAACAUCUACUUUUUGACCCGCCUGGGACUACUCGGCGCAGUCCAGCAGUCAUGGCACCUCUGGUUGAUGAUAAUCGUUGAGUGGAUUUUAGCCCACGGCUUCCGUCAGAACUAUCUCUCCACCAUCGCCGCCGGUAAUAAAGCGAAGUCACCGAGAGCGCGACUUCGACUACGGGGCAAUUCACAGGACUUGCCCCGGGUCGAUAUCUUCGUCGCCACUUGCGGCGAGCCAUUGGAUGUUGUCCUCGACACCAUCCGCGCAGCCUGUACGCUGGAUUACCCAGCCUCACGAUUCCGCGUUCUGGUCCUCGACGACGGCGGAUCAGUCAUGCUCAAAGGGGCAGUCGAAGAGCUGACCUUGACCAGCUAUCCGAAUCUUUCUUACAAUACCCGGACCUCAGCAUCCAGCGCCAACGAGAAGGGCCAGGUUUUCGCCAAAUCCGCGAACCUGAACUACGCCCUCUUCACCCUACAGGAAGACCCAGCGUUCCAGCCGCAAGCGGGAUACUGCGCCGUCCUGGACGCAGACUGCAUGCCCUCCCCGGACUUUCUCCGAGGGACAAUCCCGCAUCUCCUCCUCAACCCGCAGGCCGCGCUCGUCACGACCCGGCAGUACUACUACAACUUGCCUCGUGACGACCCACUCUCGCAAUCCCGCCUGCAUUUCUACGCAUGCCAGAAUGCAGAACUCGAUUCCCGAAAUCGCGCCAUUGACGCCGGGUCCGGCGCGCUCUUCCGACGGCAGGCGAUCGUUGAUGUAGGCGGAUACCCGACGUACUCGUUUUCCGAGGAUUGGCAGCUCUCGCUUAUUCUUCGUGCUAAAGGGCAUCAGGUCCUGCAGGUUGAAGAACCGUUGCAGUGGGGUACAGUCCCGGGUUCACUAAAAGGGCACAUUGCGCAGCGGAAUCGCUGGAAUAUUGGGCAUGCGCAGCAAAUCAAGCUGCUUCUACCAUGGGUACGGGGAGAGUUGGAAAUGGAGGGCAGGCUGGGGUGGGACAUUGGUAUGAACGGAGUCGGGAUUGUGGGUGGCUUGGUUGGGUGUCUUUUUGUGCAAUGGGCUGCUCCUGUGCUGCUGCUCGCUCUGGGACUGGGACUGGGUCAGGGACGGUCUGUUGUUCCUGUUUCUGCGGAUGCACGCUGGGUGAACACACUCCAGCUCAGCCUGGCAAUAGCGCACAUCGCCUCGAUCUGGCUUUAUGGCUGGUUGCAGAUGGCCGCCACUGGAUUUCGGGUCUCGCUUUUCCCUCAUCUGGAGAAUAUUUGGCUUGCUGGACAGCAUCUACUCGCAAUCAUCAAAUUCUACUGCGUCACCAGCAAACCUAAAGAGGGCUCUUUCGUCACCGGAAGCACAGCGAACUCAUGGAAUCAGAAUCAGAAUCAGAAGGAAGACGCUGUUGGCGAACCCAUUCCUGCGCCUGACUCCUCGGUCUCAUCCUGCCAAACGUUCCUACGGCGCGAUCUGCUGGCCCAUGGCGCCGUCCUCACUACAAUCCUCUGGCUCCUCAUCACGGCAAGCGCAAUUGUCCUCUGUAUAUCCAGGUCUUGGCGCGGUAGUUAUCGUUAUGAUGAGCGAGCUGAUAUCCUCAGUCUCAAAGGCAUAUUCUACCCGUCCUUCGUGCAUGUCCUGUACCUCGUCAUCACGAAUGCCUGGGUAGCGGUGUCUUGUCUUGUCAACCCGCCGGUGUAUCCUGACCGGGAUGAGAGAUUGGAAGAGACGAAGGAGGGUACCAGAUUUCCUAGGCUCCAUGUGCGCAAGGAGGUUGUGGGUUCUACAUUUGGGCGCCCGGUGUAUUCUGCGAUUGCUGGGGCUGCGAUGUUUCUGCUAUGCGGGGCCCUGGUGGCGGUCGUAUUGUUGUAA